GGGACUGGCCGCCGGCGCUCCUGCUGCUGCUCCUGCCGCCGGCCCGGCGCCGCCUCCGCCGCCGCCUCCGCGCGCCCAGCAGGGCCCCAGCGCCGCCGCAGGCCCGGAGGGGAGGCGCGGGCGAAGCGCACUGCGGCCGGCCCGGCGGCCUCUUUCCUCGCCCUCGGAGGGGAGCCCGGCGCGCAGGCUGCGCCUCUGCCCGCCCGCCCGCCAGCCCUGCGCCGGGGAGCCGCCGCCCGCCUGGCCGGAGAGGGGCGCGCGCGUUUAUGGGGCGCGCAGGGCGGCGGCGGCGGCGGCGAUGCUCUCCGGCGCCAAGCAGUCGUUCAAGGUCCCGCAGCAGCCGCCGCAGCAGCUCCGGGGCGCCGCGCUCAAGGAUCCAAAGUCCCCCAACAUGAGUGGCAGGAGGAACAAAAACUGUCCGGCUCUGCAGUGUAUUCCAGGCGAAUACAUCCAAGAAGCAGCCACCCACGUGAGGAAGAGCGUCCUUUCCCGAGAUGGUGAAGGCUACCUCCCUGGCACCCUCUACUGCACCAAUCUAAGAGUGGCUUUCUUACCAGACCCAUCCGCAAACACAGGGGACUGCUCCUGCCCCCCAUUCAUGCGCAGUGGUUAUGACGUGGCCUUACCUUGCAUCAGAAGGCUAGUGGCUGUCAACAGCUUUACAAAAGCCAAGGUGCUAACUAGUACCUCCGCCCUGAAGUUCAUCCCAGAGGAGCUGGUCAUCUACUGCAGGGAUUUCCGGGUGCUGAGAUUUCGCUUCCACGAGAGCGGGUUGGAACCGCAGGCCUUCCGGGUGACGACGGCCAUCGCACGGGCCCAGGAGGGCAGCAGGGACAGCGGCUAUGGCGGCGCAGCUCUGAGGGGUUUGGUCCUUCUAGGGAACAGCCAGUUGACAGGGGAAGAGGAAGAGUUUCCAACGCUGCUUUUCGAGACUCUCCGUGACUGGGAGAAGGAGCUGAGGCGCCUGGGGACGGCGACCUGGCGGGUCAGCCCUGUCAACGAGCGCUUCGACAUGUCCACCAGCCUUCCAAAAUACCUGUGGGUCCCCAAAGGAUUCCUGGACAAUGAGCUGAAGAGGGCCUUUGUGCAUUUCAACGGACGGCGCAUCCCGAGGCUGUGCUGGCACCAUCCGGGGGGCAGCGAUCUUCUUCGAGCUGCCAGCUUCCAUGCCGAUUCAGACCCAGAGAAGGAAGAUAUGAGGUCAGUCGAAACCCUGAUGCUCGCGGGACAUUCUCAGUGUGUGAUCGUGGAGACGGGCGCUGACCUGCCCAGCCCGGCCGAGAUCCAGCAGUCCUACGUGAAGCUGUGGGGCCUCAGCCUGUGCCUUGCUGAUUCGUUUGUGGCUCUGACUGACGAGAAAUGGUUCUCCAGCCUGGAAGGCACCCGGUGGCUAGACUACGUGAGGGCAUGUUUGAGGAAGGCCAGUGAAGUGGCUGUGUUGCUAGCCGAGAGGACUCAAUCCGUCAUUCUUCAAGAAACAGAUGACAGGGAUUUGAACUGUUUGCUGGCCUCCCUGGUACAGGUUAUUUCGGAUCCGCACACAAGGACCAUAUCUGGGUUCCAGAGCCUGGUGCAGAAGGAGUGGGUGGCAGCCGGACAUGCGUUCCAGCAGCGCCUCAACCUGCUGCAGAAAAAUGAACGGGACGAGUCGCCCGUGUUCCUUCUCUUUGUGGACUGCAUCUGGCAGCUGCUGCGGCAAUUCCCGCAAUCCUUUGAGCUCUCGGAGGCAUACUUGGUGGCCCUGCACGACAGCUGCUACCUCCCAUUUCUCAGCACCUUCCUAUUCAAUUGCCAGUGGGAAAGAGGCCGGAACAAUCAGCACCAUUUUCUCAAUCAGCUUUACACUCCCAUAAAUGGCUGGCGAGAAACUCUGUGCCUGGAAAUCCUACAGAAGGACGGCUACCCUGCCAAGGAAGCGAGCGGUGCCUAUUUGCCCAGUAUUUGGGACUGGGGCCUGAGAUACGGCCUCCAGCAGAGAGCGCAGUUCAGGAACCCCUGCUACAAUCACAGCGGCAACAGCAGUGGACCUGUUCGGAACGGGAACUCCCGAUCGCAAACCAGGAACAAGAUGGAAACCAUUCCUCCUGGGAACGGGGCUAUGUUCUUGUUCUCGAAGGGUUCCUUGUCUUUGCCAACACAACUCUUCCCUUGGAAAAACGGCUCCCUUUCGAAAAAGGUGUCCCGGUGGGCUCAGUUGUCGGAGGGCCACGGGGAACAGGACAGGCCUUCACGAGGCAAAUCCAGUCUCUGCCGCCUUCACUCCAAGGGGCUGCUGCUUCUCCCGUGGCACGCAGGUCCUUUUGUCCAGCUGUGGAAAAGAUGUUACCUCCGUGGGAACCCAGAGGUUCAGGUGGGUCUCUUCGCUCCCUCCGUUGCUGGCCUCACAGAAGAACUGCAACUUCUUCAAGAGAGACUGAGCCACUGGCAAGCAAGAGGCAGCCCCAGCCCAGUGACUGAGAAUGGGAAAGAGCCUCACUAAGGGCCCCGUGCGGGGCUCCCUCUAGCCACCACCUCAUUGAGGGGAAGGGGGCUUUACGGUAUGCAUUGAGGAACUGGGCCCAAAGGCCGGCAAGAAUGGCGACAGAGUCGGGUUUAUAGGUACUUUUGGCAGGAUUUUCCUGUAGAGCCCCACUGGAAACAAACGUUCUGUGGGGAGAAGGCUGAGGCCCUUGAGUUAUUGGAGCAGAGACUGGCAUGCUGUCCUGGCGACCGAACGAACCCUUCUGCACAGACAGAGUCCACGCCACACGCCUAGAUCAGCGCCGGGCUACGCAGACUCUUCUAAUCCUCAUUCUAACUGAAUUUACGUUCAUGCUGAUUGCAGAAUCCCAGUCUUUGUCUGAAGCACCCACAGCACAGCGUCAGCUGUCUUCAGUUUAGCGUUGUAUGUUUAAAAGAAAUCAAAAUAAACCCUAAAAUUCCUGUA